AUGCCUAGGGUUUCUUUAAAGCCAACACCUUCACCAUCUUCUCCAGCAACACAAGAGAACAAGGAAAAAGCUAUAAAAUUUUUGGGAAAGCUUUUUAAAGAUGCCAAAUUUGGUGAUCAAUUCGCUGAUGAACUUUUUGAAGUCCACGAAAAAGACUCUGAGGCAUUUAACACUCAUUUGCGGAUGCUUCUCUCAAACUUGAAGAAAAACCAGAAACUUAAAGACUCGAUUGAAAAAGAUGAAGUCACUGUCAAGGAAGUCGUCGGAAUGAACUCCUACGAACUCGCAGACGACGAAGUGAAGAAACUGAAAAACAGAGUCAUGAAGGACGAGGAAGACAAGAAAAAACCUUUGGAUAUCUCAAAAAUACCGGACCACGAAUUCAGCUGUCCAAAAUGCUCGUCUCGUAAAAUACAGGAAACACAGGUGCAACUCAGGUCGGCCGAUGAACCGAUGACACGUAUUUUGACUUGCGCCAAUUGCGGGUUUGGGUGGAAAAGAAGCUGUUAA